CUUAAUUUUGAUUUGAAACAAUGAAGUUCAUAGUGGUUAUCAUAAGUUUUUGCCUUUGGGAGGCGUUUGGUGAUGAGUAUUUGACUGAAGAAACCAAUAAUUCUGAGCAAAGGAUUGUAGGCGGAAAAGCAGCUGAGGAACCUUAUCCAUAUCAAAUUUCUCUGCAAGUAUUUGUCAAAGGUAAUAAGGUAGGACCUUUUGGUAAAGAUGAUGGAUUUCGUCACAACUGUGGAGGAUCAAUCAUUAACGAUUACUACGUCGUAACAGCGGCUCAUUGCGUUGAAGAUUGGGAAGUGGAACGUUUGGAAAUUUUGGCUGGAACAAACAAACUAGAUACCGGUGGUGAGAGAUACAAAGUUGAUAACUAUCUGAUCCAUCCCGAUUAUGUCGAGCUAAAUACGAGUGAUAUAGCAUUGAUAAGGACUACUGAACCCUUCAACUUUUCCAACCCGAAUAUCGGUACCAUAGAUUACAAUGAUGAAUACAUCGAUGGUGGAGUUGAAUGUGUACUCACGGGUUGGGGCUAUACAACACCCAUCAGAUUUGGCGAUCCUCCAAACGACUUGCAGGAAGUUUAUGUUCCUACAAUAACCAACGAUCAAUGCCGGGAUGAAGGAAUGAGUGUCAAUCCAACAGAAAUAUGCACAAAAUCUGAAAAGCUGUUUACCGGAGCUUGUGGAGGAGAUUCUGGUGGACCUCUGGCUAUUAAGGAUCGUAACCUUCUUGUUGGGAUUGUAUCCUAUGGGACUAUUAUUUGUGCUAUGGGAGCUCCUGAUGUCUUUACAAGGGCUUCAGCAUUUAAAGAUUGGAUCGACGAGAAUAGCCAAGCUUAGACCAAUAAUUUUAUUGUUUUUUUUAUUAUAUUACCUCAUGGUAGCUUGGUUAGUUACCCAAUGAAAACGAUUUACAAUUUCAUUAGUUGAUUAUUGUUAAAGUUGAACAAAUAAACUGUUAAACACAUCUGAGAACUUUGUAAUAUAAAAAAAUAA